AUGGUGCGUAAGAAAAUCGACAACAGAAUCCGCGUUCUCAUAGAAAAUGGGGUUAAAUUGGGGCACAGGACGUUGCUGGCCAUCGUGGGCGAUAAAGGAAGGGAUCAGGUUGUUAUUUUACAUCACAUGCUUUCAAAGGCCGAAGUAAAGGCAAGACCGUCGGUAUUGUGGUGUUACAAGAAGGAAUUAGGGUUUAGCAGUCACAGAAAGAAGAGAAUGAAGCAUUUACAGCAUAAAUUACAAGCUGGAAAGUUGAGUGUUAAUGAAGAUGAUCCUUUUGAGUUGUUUUUGUCGUCUACGAAGAUACGGUAUUGUUAUUACUCAGAAACUCACAAGAUUCUCGGUAAUACUUAUGGUAUGUGUGUUUUGCAAGAUUUCGAGGCUCUCACACCAAAUUUAUUGGCUAGAACUAUAGAAACUGUAGAGGGGGGUGGUUUAAUAGUUUUACUACUUAGAUCAGUUAAUUCUCUAAAACAAUUAUACACAAUGAGCAUGGAUGUGCAUCAAAGAUUCCGCACAGAGGCCCAUCAAGAUGUUGUAUGUCGUUUUAACGAGAGAUUCUUACUAUCAUUGGCCUCAUGUAAAAGAUGUUUGGUGGUCGAUGAUCAGUUAGCUGUCCUGCCUAUAUCCUCACAUAAUUUACAUGUAACUCCUGUGGAAGCCUCACAAGAAGCAACUGUCAGUGAAAAUGAGUUAACAGACCUCAAAAACCAACUCCGAGAUACACAACCUGUUGGAAACUUAAUAAACUGCUGCAAAACUCUAGAUCAAGGGAAAGCAUUGUUAAAAUUUAUUGAAGCCAUAUCGGAAAAAAGUUUAAGAUCUACAGUUUCACUUACAGCCUCUAGAGGGCGCGGUAAAUCAGCAGCUUUAGGAUUAUCAGUAGCUGCAGCUGUUGCUUUUGGUUACUCAAACAUUUUUGUUACGAGUCCGAGUCCAGAGAAUUUAAACACCUUCUUUGAGUUUGUUUUUAAGGGUUUUGAUGCUUUGGAGUAUCAGGAACAUAUUGACUAUGGUCUGGUGCAAAGUACUAACCCUGAGUUUAAUAAGGCUAUAGUUAGGGUUAAUAUUUUUAGGGAUCAUCGGCAAACUAUACAAUACAUUCACCCCACGGACGCACAUAGACUCGCCCAGGCCGAGCUUCUAGUCAUAGACGAAGCUGCAGCUAUUCCCCUACCGUACGUUAAAGCCAUGCUAGGGCCUUAUUUGGUGUUUCUAGCUUCAACAAUCAACGGUUACGAAGGUACCGGCAGGUCUCUGUCGUUGAAGCUGCUACAACAGCUGCGAACGCAAGCUGCACCUGUUGGUGCCAACGCUAACACGAAAAAAGACACCGGAGCUGCGACGGGGAGAACAUUAAAUGAGGUUACCUUGAAUGAGUCUAUAAGGUAUAAGCCUGAUGAUGAUGUUGAGGCUUGGUUAACAAAAUUACUAUGUCUGGAUUCGACUUCUGUGGCUCCUCUUCUAUCAGGAUGUCCACCGCCGGACAACUGUGAUUUAUAUUACAUUAACAGGGACACACUGUUUUGUUACCAUAAAGCUUCAGAGGAGUUUUUACAACGACUUGUAGCCUUAUAUGUAGCUUCACACUACAAGAACACCCCAAACGACUUACAAAUGAUGUCAGACGCGCCAGCUCAUCAUUUGUUUUGCCUGCUGGGUCCUGUAGACCCAAACAAGAAAACACUACCAGAAGUUCUUGUCAUUGUGCAAGUUUGCUUGGAGGGUCAAAUUUCGAAAAGUUCCGUCGUUGAGGGUUUUUCAAGGGGUAAAAGGGCUUCUGGCGAUUUAAUACCAUGGACUAUAGGGCAACAGUAUCAAGACCCAGAUUUUCCUAAACUGGCAGGUGCUAGGGUUGUCAGGAUCGCCACCCAUCCGGACUAUCAAGGGAUGGGUUAUGGUGCUAGGGCUCUUAACAUCCUCCAACAAUACUACGAAUACAAAAUCCCAAGCAUUGAAGAAGAACUUCCAGCUAGAGAAGACAUAGAAAACAUAGAAGAAUCAGAAGUGGGUCUUUUAGAAGAAAGCAUAGAACCUCGCAAAUCCUUACCCCCUCUACUUCUAAAACUAAGCGAAAGACCUCCGGAAAAACUUGACUACCUAGGCGUGUCAUUUGGGCUUACAGAACAACUGUUAAAGUUUUGGAAAAAAUCGAAGUACAUCCCGGUUUACCUAAGACAAACUACUAAUGAUUUGACAGGGGAGCAUUCUUGCAUUAUGAUAAACGUUUUGAAUUCAGAGGAUAGAGUGGCGGAUCAAGAUUGGUUGAAUGCUUACUGGGUUGAUUUCAGAAGAAGGUUUACUAGUUUGCUGGGCUACCAGUUUAACAAGUUUACGCCUGGGUUAGCCUUGAGUAUGAUCAAUAAUAAGUCUAGGAAGGUGCAAGCUAGAGAUUUAACAAAAGAAGAACUAAACAUGUACCUAACAAAAUACGACUUGAAAAGACUGGAAAUGUACAGCAACAAUUUGGUUGAUUAUCACUUGAUAAUUGAUUUAAUGCCUUCACUGGCGAAAAUCUACUUCUUAAACCAAAUGGGGGAUGUAACCAUGUCUGCAGUGCAAUCAGCUAUAUUGCUGGGUAUAGGUUUACAACACAAAACAGUGGAUAGUAUAGCCCAGGAAUUGGAUUUACCAGCUUCACAACUAUUGGGGUUGUUCAAUAGGUUGAUAAGGAGAUGUGUUCAAUAUUUGAACGCAAUUUUGGAGCAGGAUAUUGAGAAAUCUUUGGUACCUAGAAAAGAUGUUUCUAUGCUACCAGUAGCCAAAAGUAUGAAUGAUGAGCUGGAAGAAGCAGCUAAAGUGUUACAGAAAAAACAGAAGAAAGAAUUGGAGAAGUUGAAGAAUGAGAAUUUGGCCCAAUUUGCUAUCAAAGGUUCUGAGGAUGAAUGGAACAAAGUUUUAACCAACAAGUCUGGAAAGAAAAGCUUGAUUUCAGUUAAAAGCGGAGAAAAAAGGAUGUUUCAGGAUAAUGGAGCCACAGAAGUGGAAGACACUCCAAGUAAAAAGAAAAAGGGAAAGAAAAAACGCAUGAGUACAUAA